GAGUAAUUGUUAGCCUAUAAAACAGAAGCUCGUGUUCAGCGCAUUGCAGAUUACAAUCCACUGAAAGAACUCACAGAGAAACAAUUUGGAAUUGAGAGAAAUGUUUAGCUAAAGUCAUCUCGUUUCCAUUCUUGCUUGCACCAGUAAAGCUCAAAUUCAAAUCCAAGCUUCCAACCUCCUCAUCAUCGCUCCAGAAACAUCUACUGGGACAUUUAUUUCCUCCACUCGAGCCACAAAUACACGUGGAUCCAUGGGGGAAUUGUAUUAAUUUCUCAAUCAUAAGCCUCAAGCUCUCAAGUCGUACUCCAUGCUAAUCUCGAUUUUGCCCUCAGUGGUUUUCUGUUUAUUACGGUUAUGAUAGUUGUCAAUUACCGGCAACUUAAGAGCCAAAGCUCUUCCCCAGCUCUCGGCUUCCCUCGCCUCAGAUUCUUCCGAUACCGGCGCUUGAGGUAAACCGGUAAUAACUACUCACCAGACUCAACCAAUAGCUGCAGAAGUUCUCAUUUUUGUUUCUGUUCCCGAAUCGAUAUUAUAUUUACGGAAAAUGCCGAGUCCGAAGAGUACUCAUCGGAGGGUCCAGGAGGAGAAGAAUCGCAGGGGAAGAUCACUCAACGAGAAAUCGUCAUCGUUUCAUGGCCAGCUUUCGGAUAUGGCGACGCCGCAGCUUCGGAGACCAAAAACGGUGCCAGACAUGGCGUCGUUCAGGAACACGAUCGGAAUGACACCGGCCACGGAGUUACGGCCGAAACUGACGAAGCUGCUCCUUAACGUGACGAUUCAGGGGAGCGUCGGCGCAAUACAUGUCGUAAUGCCGCCGGAAUCCGCGGUGAAAGAUCUGGUGGCGGCUUCCAUACGACAAUACGGAAAGGAAGGUCGCCGUCCGAUCUUGACCUCCGUCGACCCCUCGUUGUUUGACCUCCAUUACUCUCAGUUCAGCUUAGAAAGUUUGGAUAGAGAGGAGAAGCUGAUGGCGUUAGGAUCGAGGAACUUUUUUCUGUGCCGAAGCGCAAACUCAAUGGAUGCUGGCGGCAGCGGAACGACGUCGUCUGCUUCAUGUUCAAAACAAGCAGAGAAAGUUUCAAGGACUGGAUUUUCAUGGCUCAAGUUUAUGGAUUUCUUGUUGUAAUUGGCUUAAUUAGUUGCCACAUUAAUUAAAAUAUUAUUGUUCUCCCCAAAUGCCUUUGGCUUUGUACAUAAUAUAUAGGUCCGUAUUGUAAUAGAAGAAGAUUUUAUUUCAGGGUUUUUUUAUUAUAUGUUAUUUCAAGGCUUUGUACAUAAUGUAGGUCCGUAUUGUAAGCUUAGAAUGUUGAUGAAUGCCACAAUAUAUUGUCACAAGCUGAUUAUAUCCA